CGGGGCCCGGGCGGUCCCGCAGCAGCAGCGCCGGCGGGAGCGGGAGCAGCGGCCGCGGAGCCCCCGCAGGAGUCAGGCUGAAGAAUAAUGAAUUAAAGUGACUGACAUCAUGACAACCAUAAGACAGAGGAGGGUUGGAAAAGGCACAGAAGCAGCGGAAGAUCAGCCUUCAGAGGAGACAAAUGUGAAGCCUGAUGGGAAAAUUCCAUCUGAUCAUACAGGUGGAAAGCUAUGGAACAUACUCUCAGUAACUGUUGGUGGAAUUGUUGCCAUGUCUCUUGGACUUCUUACUUCUGUUUAUGUUGCUACCCUGCAUGAAAAUGACCUGUGGUUUUCCAAUAUUAAGGAAGUGGAAAGAGAAAUUUCAUUCAGGACUGAAUGUGGACUUUAUUAUUCCUACUACAAACAGAUGAUUCAGGCUGCUUCCAUACAGCAAGGUUUACAUGGUUUAGUAUAUGACAAUAAAACUGAAUCUGUGAGGACAAUUAACAUACUUGAAAGAAUGAAUGUUUACCAGGAGGUGUUUCUCAGCAUUCUGUAUAGGAUUCUUCCAAUUCAGCAAUACCUAGAGCCUGUUUAUUUUUAUAUCUACACUUUGUUUGGACUUCAGGCAGUUUAUGUCAUUGCUCUGUAUGUAACAAGCUGGCUUCUUAGUGGAACAUGGCUUUCAGGGUUGUUGGCAGCUUGCUGGUAUAUUACAAACAGAGUAGAUACCACAAGGGUAGAAUUCACCAUUCCUCUAAGAGAGAACUGGGCACUACCGUUCUUUGCUGUUCAGAUAGCAGCCAUCACAUACCUACUCAGAACUCAUUUACAGCCUGUUCAAGAAAGACUAACACUUAUGGCUGUAUUCAUAGCAACGUUUCUCUUUAGCCUGACUUGGCAAUUUAACCAGUUCAUGAUGCUGAUACAAGCACUGGCAUUAUUCAUACUGGACUGCUUGGACAUGCUGCCCACAGCAAAGGUUACGUGGCUCUAUAUCAUUCAGAUUUCUGGAUUACUGCUCGUCUGUGUCCUACAGUUCUUUAAUUCUAUGAUUCUUGGAUCACUACUUAUAAGUUUUAAUGCUUCUGUCUUGGUAGCAAGAACAAUCCAGAAAAACCUAAAAAAGGGUGGCUUGCUUAACAGGCUUGGGAAACUUAUCCUGCAUGUUCUGUUAGUCUUGUGCUUGACUCUCCUGAUAAAUAAAUUCAUCAAGAAAAUUCUUAAUCUUGAGUCAGAUGAACAUAUAUUCAAAUUUCUGAAAGCAAAAUUUGGGUUUGGAGCAACAAGAGAUUUUGAUGCCAACCUGUAUCUCUGUGAAGAAGCUUUUGGUUUAUUACCAUUAAACACCUUUUCAAGGCUCUCGGAUACGUUACUUUUUUACGUUUACGUAUUUGUUCUCUUCCUUAUGGCAGUGGCAGCUGUAAUUGUUGCCUUUAGGAACCUCAGUGGUUCAAAUCAAGUCAAGUUAAUGGAAAAGAUGGAAGAGUGCACAAUAACACUGAAGCCUGAUGCUGCUUACAGCUUGGUUCACACAGUUCUUUUUGGAUGUCUGGCAUUAAGCACAAUGAGAAUGAAGUACCUUUGGACAUCCCACAUGUGUGUGUUUGCAUCCUUUGGCCUGUGCAGCACAGAAGUUUGGAAACUUAUCCUGAAGUGUGUCCAUCUCUACACAUCCCAGAGGGCACAGGUGCUUAAAUAUUCUAUACCAAUAAUUACAUUACUGUACAUUUCAUAUAAGUUCUGGCCAGGAAUAAUGGAUGAACUAUCAGAGCUGAGAGAAUUCUAUGACCCAGACACUGUGGAGCUGAUGAACUGGAUUAAGUCAAACACUCCAAACACAGCAGUGUUUGCUGGGAGCAUGCAGCUAUUAGCAGGAGUCAAACUGUGCACUGGACGGACCUUAACUAACCAUCCCCAUUAUGAGGAUAAGAAUCUGAGGGAGAGAACAAAGCAGAUUUAUCAGAUCUAUGCCAAGCGAUCUCCUGAGGACGUGCACGGAAUCCUGCGGUCCUUUGGCACGGACUACGUGAUCCUGGAGGACAGCAUUUGUUAUGAGAGGAGGCACAGCAGAGGCUGCCGCUUACGGGACCUGCUUGAUGUAGCCAAUGGCCAUAUCAUGGAUGGUUUGGGAGAGAACGCACCCGAUUUGAAACCUGCGUUGUAUCCUCGCUUCUGUGAGGAAAUUAAGAAAAACCUUCCUUCUUACACCACACACUUCACCAGAGUGUUUCAAAACAAAACAUUCCAUGUUUACAAACUUGCCAAGCAUAAAUAACAUUUCCAACCAUGGCUUCAAGUGCCUCCUUUUUGAAUUCUUUGGGAAUGUGUGCAGAUAUGAGUUUCGAAGCUUGAGUGUGUGAUUGCAGAAUCAGUGAGUGCAGAUUCAGCAAACAAGUUUGAAGAUUAAAACUUUAAUCCUUGUCCAGCAUUUUUAGUGAUCAGAGACAUACUGUUUUAUAACAUUAAGUGUUAAAUGAUGGACUGUUACGUAUUUCUAGUGAGACUAAAGGCUGGAGCAUGCUUGAUACAUGUUGCAUGUUUGUAUCCUUCUAAAGUGCUCAGAACAAACAAAACCCCAAAUUUCUCAGUUUGCAUUCUCACACCACUGUUUUCUGUAUAUACUUUCUGAACUCCAGGGGAUCCUUUUUCUCCCCAUGAGAAUCCUAGUAGGAUAUCAAAAUUGAACACUGCCAACCUUACAAAAGAAAAACUCAUCCCUAAAUCAGCAGGAAAAUUCGGUAUUUAAGAUAUGUUCAGCUACUGGAGCUUUGCUUUGUGUUAUUUCAGACACUAAGCUCUAUAUUUUAGCACAAAAUCAUUGUGUCCUUGCUCUUUAUCCUAAAACAGAGACUACAGGUAUUUUAAAAUACUUGGAAGGUUAAGUGAAGCCAGGCCUCUGUGCUGAGAAUUUUGUGAUUUGUUUGUACCCGUUGUCUUUUUACCAGCCAGAACUUUGUGAAUUGUACUGAAUUGCUAAAUGCUAUGGAGGUACAUGGCUUUUGCUGUGUUUUAGCACUUCUUUGGUUUUAGAUUGAAAUUAGAGAUUAAAUCUGGAAGUCUCACAGUGCUCUCCAUCUUAAGAGAUCCACCGGGAUCAUUUGUUUCUUGUGAAGAACACAACUGUAAUAAUCAAGUGCCUCUAGGCCCAGGUUGAAUUAACAUUUGAACACCUAUAAGAGUGUUUGUGGCCUUGCAAAUAACUCAGUUAUAGUAAUUACCACUGCAAUUAAUUUCUAAUGAUGGGAAACUGAAAGUGCUACAGAUAGCAAACUCCACAUUUAAUUUAAUCAAGAUGUGUAAUGAGAUUAGCUUUCACAACUGAGCUGGGUUCCAAUUCCAAGUGAUUUAAGUGUUUUUCCUUUUCAGUUGUACCAAGGUAAAUUACCAGAGAGAUGGAGAUGGUUAUGUCAUAUGCUCAAACAAUUUUAUAUUCAGUAAAUACUCAUUAAACAAUGUUCAACAUCUUCCUGCAUUUCUGGCUGACACAAAAGGCGAGUGUGCUGUAGUCAGGGUGUGUUAAAUCACACACUGACAGGAGCUGGGUUGUUAAACUCAGCAGCUGAAACUCCUGAGUAAUUCCUAGCCUGUAUCCCUUAAUGAGGUUGGAGACCACCGCAGUUUAACAUAAUACAAUAAUAAAACAUUUUAAUCAGUAUUAAAACUUUAAUUAGGCCUGUAAUGAUGCAUGGCUGUUCUUGCUGCAAGCCCGGGUCAGUGAAUCCCUCAAUGAGUGCCUUCAGUAAUUGAAAACAAGCACAGGAAAGGUAAAGUAUGUCUGGGCUGUGCUGGCUUGUUCUAAAAUGCAAUUGGAUCUUUCUGGAAUGGUGCAGUAACUUUCCUCUGAUGGAGGUGAGGGACUCCCAGGCCCAGUGGUACCCUAUGCUUUUCAGAAUUUACUUACAGGUAAUAACUGAGAUUAAGAAGUCUUGACUGUAACAAUAAUUAUUUUUAAACAGACUUGGUUCAAAAAUGCCAUCUCUAAUAUUGCCAAAGGAGAAAUUUAACCUUUUCACAGAAACUACCAAGUGCACAUUGGUUUGGUUUUUAAACAGAAAGACCUAUUUUCAGAAAGGUUUAACACUAAGGGAUAUUCCAGAGACAGUAGUGCAGCAUUCAGACACCAACCUCCCUAAAACAGUAAAUCCAAGAAUGCCAAGGAACAAAAGCACUUACCAGAGCUCAGAGGAGCAGAAGGACACCAACCCAGCCCUGGAGGAGAGGGAACAGCUCUUCCCUGCCCCUGUGUAAGGCUGACUGGGGAGGCAGGGCCAGCUGGGAAGGGUCAGGGCUGCGGGGAGAGGGGCUGCACCUCCCAUUGCCACAGGUGGGUGGUGUUUUAAUUGGUAAUUAUUUUAUCUACUUCCUGUGUCUUGCUGUGAUCUCCAUUCACUGCAUUAAAAAUGUGCAGUUUUUGUUAAAAUAACUCUCAUAUUCUUGAACGACAUCAUCCUGAUGCACCUUAUUUCCAAGUGGUUGCCCUACAUCACUGUCCCAGUCAAUUAGGGAUGAUCCACCCCCAGGAACAACCCUCCUGGCAGUGCAUGUACCAAGUCUUAUAGCAGUGGGAAUGGCAGGGACAUGACAUGUGUGUUCUUGGUGUCCUCGAGGACUUUCAAGCUGCACAUUAUCAGUGGGACUGUGGUAUGAAUUACUUUUUUUAGAUUGCAGAGAUGAAAUGUUAUCAAGGAGCCAGAACGUUUUUAGGAGAGGAAAGCCUUUGAGAUCCAUAAGUGUAUUUUCAUUUCUUGUUUCAGUGUUCUGCUGGUGAGAUCUAACAUAGUUAUUUUAUAAUAUGUUGUUGUAAAGAGAUGUAAUGACUAUUGUAUACUAAAUAAAUUGUGUAA